UGCAGAAUGGAGCGUUGGAUGGGUAAAGUCGCUAUCGUAACGGGCGCUAGUUCGGGAAUCGGUGCUGCAAUCGCAAAGGAAUUAGCCCUGACCGGAUUGAUUACCGUAGGCUUAGCAAGACGUGACAAUUGGGUGGAAACUAUGAAAGCAGAACUUCCCCCGGAAGCGGCCUCAAGGUUACAUGCAUUUCCUUGCGACGUCUCCAGCGAGCAGCAAAUUUGGCAGGCAUUUGAAUUUGUUGAGCAAAAUUUCGAUGGAGUCGACGUGUUGGUGAACAACGCAGGAACCUACGAAAAAGUGGAUUUGUUGGCCGCGGGAAAUACCGACGCUUUGCGUCGUUCGCUUGAUGUUAACGUGCUCGGAUUGACACUGUGUAGUCGUGAAGCAUUCCAAUCGAUGAACAAGCGUGCCGUUGAUGGGCAUAUCAUACAUAUUAAUAGCAUUGAAGGACACAAGGUCCCUUUUUAUCCGGGUGCGAACCUGUACCCGGCAAGUAAGCAUGCAGUUACGGCGCUCACUGAGACGAUGAGAAUCGAACUUCAAAAAGCUGGAUCGAAGAUUAAAGUUACGAGCAUUAGUCCUGGGUUCGUGAGAACACCGAUGGUAGAGUUGUGUGAUACAUACAAUGACCUGCAAGUUGAAAAGAUGCCUAUGCUCAAUCCUGAAGACAUUGCCCAUGGAGUAAUCUACGCAUUAGGCACGCCACCGCAUGUUCAAAUUCAUGAGCUUACGAUCAAGCCCGUUGGUGAGGCAGUUUGA